UUUUUUUUUUUUUCUUUAAGUUCUUUUUUUUUUUUUUUUUUUUUUUUUAUUUUUUUUUUUUUUUUUUUUUUUUUUUUUUUUUUUUUUUUUUUUUUUUUUUUUUUUUUUUUUUUUUUUUUUUUUUUUUUUUUUUUUUUUUUUUUUUUUUUUUUUUUUUUUUUUUAUCUUUUUUUUUUUUUAUUUUUUUUUUUUUUCUUUUUACUUAGUAGUUUUAUUUUUAUAGUAGAUUUUUUUUUUUUUUUUAGUUUUUUUUUUUUUUUUUUUUAUUUUUUUUUUUUUUUUUAUUUUUUUUUUUUUUUUUUUUUUUUUUUUUUUUUUUUUUUUUUUUUUUUUUUU